AUCAGGUGGUUGUAAGUGGGUGGGGGUGAGCUGUACGUAGGUCUACUCUCUGUUCCAUCUUCUCUCCUCAGCCUUUGGAUACGAACUUCUAAAGUGAUCUCGUCUCAAAGUCACUUUACAUGAGAGAGGACGAGUAAAACAGGGAACAUAUCUCACAGUUGGUAGUCGCUCGUUUCGAUUACCCUCACCAUGGCUGGCGGUUCGGUGUCGGAAUGCAAGGAGUACUUGUUCAAAGUGUUGGUGAUCGGGGAAUUAGGCGUGGGGAAGACGAGCAUCAUCAAGAGAUACGUGCAUCAGCUUUUCUCCCAGCACUACAGAGCCACGAUUGGUGUUGACUUUGCGCUAAAAGUGAUCAACUGGGACAGCAAAACCCUGGUGAGGUUACAACUUUGGGAUAUAGCUGGUCAGGAGAGGUUCGGCAACAUGACGCGGGUGUACUACAAGGAGGCUGUCGGGGCCUUCGUGGUGUUCGACGUGACGCGGGGCUCCACGUUCGAGGCGGUGUCCAAGUGGAAGCACGACCUGGACAGCAAGGUGAAGCUGGCCAACGGCAGCCCCGUCCCCUCGGUGCUGCUGGCCAAUAAGUGUGACCAGAAGAAGGAGACCGCCAGCAACACGUCGCUCAUGGACAACUUCUGCCGGGAGACGGGCUUCCUGGGCUGGUUCGAGACCUCCGCUAAGGACAACAUCAACGUGGACGAGGCGGCGCGCUUCCUGGUAGAAAACAUCCUGGCCAAUGACAAGGGCCUGCCCUACGAGGAGACCAACGGAGACCGCAUCAAGCUGCACCAGGAGACCGUGGCUGCGGAGAGCAAGUCCGGCUGCUGCUAGUGCCGCUUCGGCCCUCCAGCCCCCACGCAGACCCAGAACCUUGCUGCCCUACCAAUGCCUACGCAUGCGUCCAUGCGGCGGUGUGUCUUGUCCUUGUGUGACCUAGGGCCUGUAUGGACUAUGUGUCUUUGUUCCACUGCACUGCCAAAUGUAUUUCCCCCCCCCCCCCCCCAACCACAGAUGCAGAUAAAUCGCUUGGGGAGGAAAAGGCAGCGUUUAAGAUAAUAUGCAUACAAAUGACUCCAUUCUGUUCUCAAGAUUUGUCCUUUUUUUGUAAAUUAUAAUCUUUGCUGCCUCUCUCCCUGACCCAGAAACCCCCCCCCGAGCCAUUAUACUGUGACGAAUGUUAAAGGUGCUGAAAAUAUGGCACUGACACAUCCAUCGUCAUUGAGAAAACAAACUGUCAGGGUAUAUUUCCCCCGGUCUCUUUGAUCAGUAUUCAUCCAUCUCACGCACUUCCCUGUCAGACGCAUUGCUUUUGUGUCUGACAAAGCAGACGAUAUUGAGAGGUUUACCCGAAAAGCGGACUAAAUGGAUGCAAAUGCCUUUAUAAAUGUCCGGCCUAAUGUUUUAAAUCCAUCUGUAUCUAUUAAAAUCAAUAAGAAUUUCAUGUUAAAAAUAAUUGAAUGAAAAUGGGCAUCUGUCUGUCAUGUCUUUUGGUCUUCAAGCCACAAAUAGUUUUUCCUCCCAGAGUUCUUCGUUCUAGCCUUUUCAUGACGCUACAGCAUGUAAAAUAGUGUUCCAGAAGUGUUGAUUUGGUGUUUAUUUUUAAUACAUAGGUGUGUCACAUUGUCAGUGUUUUCUCUAGACCCUACACUGAAGGACACAAAAGGACAUUGCUAUGAAAUAGGUCUGAAUGAAUAAAAUGAAGGUUUUUUUUGUAACGGUAAAAAAAUAAAUGUCUAAAAUAUGUAUUUUAA